AUGAUUCCGCAGCUGCCCAUUGAAAGAUUGGAACAAAAUAUGUCUCAAACGCAUGAUAUGCCUUCGAUCAAUACAGAAGAUGUGGGGAAUGAGCAUAAAGAUCUCGAGCGUGAAAUUCACGAUGCCAAGGAUUCCUCAGCUAAUAUAUUUUAUGAGGAUAUAGAAUCGCACGGAACCGAUGAAUCUGUCGAGGCCAAGCUAGAAUCGCGCGAAUCCGAAGAAGAGGUUGAGACUAAACUGUCUUUCUUGAAUCGGAUCGCUGCUGCUUUAAAUGCCGAAACAAAGGGUGUUGAACCAAUUACAGAGGAUGAGAAGACCGAUGACUCUAUGCUCAAUGCUGCAACCAUAUGGUUUUCAGCUAAUAUGGUUAUUGUAGCCUAUUCCGUGGGUGCCUUGGGUCCUCUGGUAUUUGGUUUAAAUUUCGGUCAAAGUGUUCUGGUUAUUAUUUUCUUCAAUAUUCUAGGUCUGUUGCCUGUUGCAUUAUUUUCUCUUUUCGGAGUAGAGUUGGGUCUAAGACAGAUGAUUCUUUCUAGAUAUCUUGCUGGUAAUGUGACGGCAAGAAUUUUCUCCUUUAUUAACGUUAUUGCUUGUGUUGGUUGGUGUGUUUUGAAUAUUUCUGUUUCCGCGCAACUGCUGAAUAUGGUGAAUGAAGGUUCUGGCCAUGUCUGUCCUAUUUGGGCUGGUUGCUUAAUCAUUGCUGGUGGUACCGUGCUUGUGACGUUCUUUGGUUACAGAGUUAUCCAUGCAUAUGAAAAAUGGUCGUGGGUGCCUAAUUUUGCUGCCUUUCUGGUCAUUAUUGCUCAACUAUCCCGGUCAGGAAAGUUCACAGGCGGUGAAUGGACAGGCGGCUCUAAUACCGCAGCUGGUGUUCUUUCUUUUGGCUCUGCUGUUUUCGGGUCUGCCGCAGGAUGGACAACUUAUGCGGCGGAUUAUACUGUUUAUGUGCCAAAGAAGACGAACAAAUACAAGAUUUUCUUUUCCGUAGUUGCAGGUCUAGCAAUCCCUCUAUUUUUCACUAUGAUACUUGGAGCCGCUUGUGGUAUGGCGGCCCUCAAUGACCCAACCUGGAAGGCAUACUAUGACAAAAACUCUAUGGGUGGUGUAAUAUAUGCUAUCUUAGUUCCCAACUCUCUAAACGGAUUUGGGCAAUUCUGUUGUGUUUUAUUGGCUCUGUCAACUGUUGCUAAUAAUGUCCCUGGAAUGUAUACUGUUGCUUUAUCGGUUCAAGCUUCAUGGGCGCCAUUCGCUAAAAUACCAAGAGUUGUCUGGACAAUGGCUGCUAAUGCUGCAACUUUGGGUAUUUCCAUACCUGCUACCUAUUACUUUGAUGGAUUUAUGGAGAAUUUUAUGGACUCCAUCGGUUAUUACCUCGCUAUCUACAUUGCCAUUGGUUGUUCGGAACAUUUUAUCUAUAGACGUUCGUUUAGCGCCUAUAAUGUAGAUGAUUGGAAUAAUUGGGAUCAUCUGCCUAUUGGUAUUGCAGGUAUAAUCGCCUUGAUUGUUGGAGCAUUCGGUGUUGCGUUGGGUAUGUGCCAGACAUACUGGGUUGGUGAAAUUUCUCGUUUGAUUGGUGAUUAUGGUGGUGAUAUAGGGUUCGAAUUAGGGUUAAGUUGGGCAUUUAUUGCUUACAAUAUUGCUAGACCAUUGGAACUAAAAUACUUCGGCCGUUAA